AUGUCUAGCUUAGGCGAGGAUCUGCUGAUAAAAAUCCUGUGGAAAUUGCCCUUGGAGUCUCUUCUCAGAUUCAAGCUCGUAUCAAAGGCCUGGAACAGUUGGAUAUCGCAUAUUCUAUCUUCUACAUCAGGCCUCAUCUUUGAAGAAGUGUACAUUGACGAAAAGAAAUUACCCCAAUCAUUGCUUGAAGAUGAAAGAGAAAGAAACAUCCUUGUUGACGUCUGCGAUGGCCUUCUUCUCUUCGAGCGCAGAAAAGAAAUCACAUAUCGUUGGACAUAUUCAGUCUGGAAUCCCAUAACUAACCAAUGGUUCCAACUGCCACAACGUAUUAGUGAUGUAGAACACGGUGUUGUUGGGCUAGGUUUUGAUCCCGUGCUUUCCCCGCAUUUUCAAGCUGCUCACUUCUAUAAAGACUCAUAUGUUGAUGGAUCUGGGUGCACGCUGGAGCUCUUCUCCUCUCAGACUGGAUCAUGGCGCGAUUUCAAAAUCGAAAGACAUGAUACUGGAAAUUGUUUUCGUUGUAGACUUGUCAUUGUAGGGAGGGCAGUCUUUGUGCAAUUCAAAUGGUCCAAGUGUCCUAUUUUGAAAUUUGAUAUGGACGAAGAGAGCUUUAAGGAUAUAGAGUUGCCAGGCCCUGAAGAGAAGUAUUUACCAAUGUCAACGCUAGGGAAAUGUGAAGGGCGUCUUCAUCUUGCCUGGAUGACUGGAUACGCGUGCAAAAUAUGGAAGCUUGAAGAUGCAGAGCAAGAAUCGAGAUGGGUUUUGUUGCAUACUUGUAGUUAUUAUUUCCUGAAAAAUCAAGCAUGCAAUAAUCAAACCAACAGAGGAGUUGUGAUUUUUUUGCGUGGAUUUCUUCCGGAUUCAAAGGUUGUUCUCCUUGACGUCAACCACCGGGUUGGUCAAAGAAAAAAUCAGCUUGAGACAUUUUCUUAUGAUUUUCGCACAAGGGAAUUGGUAAAAAUUUACAUAUCUAACGCAGCAUGGCAUAACGUCUUCGCGUUCUCCCCUUGCACAAGGUAUAUUACGAUGGGGCCUUGA